AUGCGUUGCCAAAUCCUCGCCUCUGCCCUCAUCUCGGGGGCCAUGGCUGCCCGACCUUUCCUCGACCAGCCUGAUACUGGUCUCGACCUGAUUGUCGGAAACCUCACAAAGGGAGAGCUUCCCAGCCUUGAUGCCAUGGUUGGUCUCCCUGACUUCGAGUGGGCUGCCCAGAACUACCUCCCCGUUGAGAACUUCACCUACUACCGUAACGGUGCCGCUGGCGAGUGGUCUUACCGUAACAACCUCGAGGCUUUCCAGCGUUACCGCUUCAAGCCCCGUGUCAUGGUUGAUGUCACCAACGUCGCCAACACUCUGCCCACUACCAUCCUGGGCCACAACUUCUCUGCUCCCUUCUUCAUCAGCCCUGCUGCCAAGGCUGGUAACGCUCACCCUGAGGCUGAGAAGAACCUGAUGAAGGGUGCUGCUGAGGGUGAUAUCCUCUACAUGCCCGCUCUCUACGCCUCUCUUACCAUUGAGGAGAUUGCCAAGGCCAAGGCUGAGGGUCAGGUCGUCUUCCAGCAGCUCUACCUCAAGACUGACAACGACACUGCCACUAAGCAGCUCCUCGAGCGCUCUGAGAAGGCUGGCGCUGCUGCCAUUGUCUUCACCGUUGACUCUGCCGCCAACGGUAACCGUCACCGUGCUGCCCGCUUCGGUGUUGGUUCUGCCAACACUGACUACACCUACAUUACUUGGGACUACUACAAGAAGCUCCAGAAGAUGACCAAGCUUCCCGUCAUCCUCAAGGGCAUCAACUCUGCUGCCGAUGCUAAGCUCGCUGUUGAGCACGGUGUCCCCGCUAUCAUCAUCUCCAACCACGGUGGUCGUCAGGUCGAUGGCAGCCCCUCUCCUCUCGAGGUCGCUCUUGAGAUCCACGAGGAGGAUCCUGAGAUCUUCAAGAAGAUCGAGGUCUACGCUGACGGUGGUGUCCGCUACGGUGCUGACAUCCUCAAGCUUCUGUCCCUCGGUGUCAAGGCUGUUGGUCUUGGCCGUCCUUUCAUGUACUCCAACAUCUACGGUGUUGAGGGUGUCAAGAAGGUCAUCGACAUCCUCAAGUACGAGGUCUCUGUCGAUGCCGGUAACAUUGGUGUCGGUGAUCUUAAGAAGAUUGACACCAGCUACGUCAAGUGGCAGUACAACAACUGGGGUAUGUAA